UGUCCAGGGAGGCUGAGGCAAGAGGGAGCUGUCCCGGUUGGAGCCGGCGCUACCUUCUUCCUCUUCCUCCUCCUCUGCGUGAGGGUAGAGAAAGUCGGGGCCCCCUAGCCCAUGGACCGGGAGGAGGCGGAGGCCGCCGAGAGCCGGGGCCCAGCUAUAUGGCCCUGAGCCCCGUGUGCUGGUUCUGCCUGUCUGGAAGGCCAUGGAGAAGAAGCUGGGAGUCAAGCCAAGUCUUGCUUCCUGGAUUUUAUCAGGAUAUUGUUGGCAGACAUCUGUGAAGUGGUUGAGAAGCCUGUACCUGCUUUAUACUUGCUUCUGUUUCAGUGCUCUGUGGUUGUCAACAGAUGCCACUGAGAGCAAGUGCCAGCAAGGGAAGACACAAUUUGGAGUUGGCCUAAGAACUGAGAGAGGAAAUCACCUCCAGCUUCUUAAAGGAUCCCCCACUUUCCAGUCAUGCUGGGAUGCCUGCUGCCGGAACUCUGCCUGCCAUGCCCUUUGGUGGCUAGAAGGGCUGUGCUUUCAGGCAGAUUGCAGCAUGCCCCAGAGCUGCCAGCCUUUUAGGACAGACUCUUCCAAUUCCAUGCUGGUGUUUUUUAAGAAAAUCCAAACUGCACGUGAUUUGGGCUUUAUUCCUGAAGAUGAUAUGCCAUAUCUUCUGGGGCUCAGUUGGAGUAGGGCAUCUUUGAGGAGACAGAGCCCACCCAGCGCUCAACUCAGACCUGCCACAUCUUUCAGUGACUUGCAGAGCUUAAUCAGGAAGCAUCAGAAGAGAGAGAGUCCCAGGGAAGCAGUUCCAAACGCAGUGACACUGCUUUCUCAAGUGAAUGACUCCAAACAACUAAGUGCUCUGAAUACAAGUGGCUCUCCAGAGGUCCAUGGGGCAGUCACAGUUUCCAGUCUCUUAAACAUAAAUACGGCAGAGAUUCCUGUUUCAGUUCAUCCCGAAAUAUCAGAGGAACCUGGGCCUACACCCAGCACUCAGCAAGUAACAAGUCAUGGGAAGAUCCAGACUGCUGUGCCUCUUCCAGUAGCUCCUUCUUACAGUUAUGUCACCCCCACACCUCAGGCCCCUUUGCAGAGCACCACACCAAACCCAGUUGUAAAGGAACUGGUGGUAUCUGCUGGAAAAAGUGUACAGAUGACCCUGCCUAAGAAUGAAGUUCAGUUAAAUGCGUAUGUUCUUCAAGAACCACAGGAAGGAGAAACCUACACCUACGACUGGCAGCUGAUUACUCAUCCUAAAGACUACAGUGGAGAAAUGGAAGGGGAACAUUCCAAGGUCCUGAAACUGUCCAAGCUGACUCCAGGCCUGUAUGAAUUCAAAGUGAUUGUAGAUGGUCAGAAUGCCCAUGGGGAAGGCUAUGUGAAUGUGACAGUAAAGCCAGAGCCCCGUAAGAAUCAGCCUCCUGUUGCUAUCGUGUCACCUCAGUUCCAGGAGAUCUCUCUGCCAACCACUUCUACAGUCAUUGAUGGCAGCCAAAGCACUGAUGAUGAUAAAAUUGUCCAGUACCAUUGGGAAGAACUUAAAGGGCCUCUGAGAGAAGAGAAAAUUUCUGAAGAUAAAGCUAUUUUGAAACUAAGUAAGCUUGUCCCUGGGAACUACACCUUCAGCUUGACAGUGGUAGACUCUGAUGGAGCUACCAGCUCUACCACUGCAAGCCUGACAGUGAACAAAGCUGUGGAUUACCCCCCUGUGGCCAAUGCAGGCCCCAACCAAGUGAUCACUCUGCCUCAGAACUCUAUCACUCUCUUUGGGAACCAGAGCACUGAUGACCAUGGCAUCACCAGCUAUGAGUGGUCACUCAGCCCAAGCAGCAAAGGAAAAGUGGUGGAAAUGCAGGGUGUUAGGACACCAACCCUGCAGCUCUCUGCUAUGCAAGAAGGAGACUACACUUAUCAACUCACAGUAACUGACACAGUAGGACAACAGGCCACUGCUCAAGUAACCGUUAUUGUACAGCCUGAGAACAACAAGCCUCCUCAGGCAGAUGCGGGCCCAGACAAAGAGCUGACCCUGCCAGUGGACAGCACAACCUUGGAUGGCAGCAAGAGCUCAGACGACCAGAGAAUCGUCUCCUACCUCUGGGAAAAAACCCAAGGACCUGACGGGGUACAGCUAGAGAAUGCUAAUAGCAGUGUUGCCACCGUGACUGGGCUGCAAGUGGGGACCUAUGUGUUCACCUUGACCGUCAAAGAUGAAAGGAACCUGCAAAGCCAGAGCUCUGUGAAUGUCAUUGUCAAAGAAGAAAUGAAUGAACCACCAAUAGCCAAGAUAACGGGGAAUGUGGUAAUUACCUUGCCCACGAACACAGCCGAGCUGGAUGGAUCCAAGUCCUCAGAUGACAAAGGCAUAGUCAGCUACCUCUGGACUCGAGAUGAGGGGAGUCCAGCAGCAGGGGAGGUGUUGAAUCACUCCGACCAUCAUCCUGUCCUCUUUCUUUCCAACUUGGUGGAGGGAACAUACACAUUUCACCUCAAAGUGAUUGAUGCAAAGGGUGAGAGUGACACCGAGCGGACCACUGUGGAGGUAAAACCUGAUCCCAGGAAAAACAACCUGGUGGAGAUCAUCUUGGAUGUCAACGUCAGUCAGCUCACUGAGAGGCUGAAGGGGAUGUUCAUCCGCCAGAUUGGGGUCCUCCUGGGGGUGCUGGAUUCCGACAUCAUUGUGCAAAAGAUUCAGCCGUACACGGAGCAGAGCACCAAGAUGGUGUUUUUCGUUCAGAACGAGCCUCCCCACCAAAUCUUCAAAGGCCAUGAGGUGGCAUCAAUGCUCAAGAGUGAGCUGCAGAAGCAAAAGGCAGACUUCUUGAUAUUUGGAGCAUUGGAAAUUAAUACUGUCACCUGUCAGCUGAACUGUUCUGACCAUGGCCACUGUGACUCCUUCACCAAGCGCUGUAUCUGUGACCCAUUUUGGAUGGAGAAUUUCAUCAAGGUGCAGCUGAGGGACGGUGACAGCAACUGUGAGUGGAGUGUGCUGUAUGUCAUCAUCGCUACCUUUGUCAUUGUUGUGGCCUUGGGAAUCCUGUCUUGGACUGUGAUCUGCUGCUGUAAGAGGCAAAAAGGAAAACACAAGAGGAAAAGCAGGUACAAGAUCCUGGAUGCCACGGAUCAGGAAAGCCUGGAGCUGAAGCCCGCCUCCCGAGCAGGCAUCAAACAGAAAGGCCCCAUGCUGAACAGCAGCCUUAUGCACUCUGAGUCGGAGCUGGACAGUGAUGAUGCCAUCUUCACCUGGCCAGACCGGGAGAAGGGCAAACUCCUACAUGGUCAGAAUGGCUCUGUACCUAACGGGCAGACCCCACUGAAGGCCAGGAGCCCACGAGAGGAGAUCUUGUAGUCACUCGGGCUGUCUCUUCUGGGUAGGAGUCGGUAGUGCCUGGGCCUAGAGCACUGCCAGGUUGGUUUCCUCCCUCCCUAGUCUGCGGGUGACUGCUCUCCCAGUGCUGCUGGCCACUCUACCCCAGUACCCCACCCCAAACUGCUGGUACUUGAAUCCACAGACUCCAGGAACCCCUGAAUGAAGCUGUGAAUGAAGAGGUUUCCUCUUUACUAUAUGGUAGGCCCCCGCUAAUAUCCUAACCUCAGGGCCUCCUCUUUUCCAUCUCCCCCUGACCCCCACCUGAGGGCAAACAGCCCCUGGGCUCUUCUCAGCUGCACUGUUGCCUUGCUACAGAGCCCAGAGUACACCCAGUGAGCACCACCAGCCUCCUGGCUCCAGGGGCCUGGCUGUGGGAAUGCGCUUGCCCCUUUUCUGGGAAGAGUAUGUACCCCCUGGUCAGGCCAAGAGGAAGUGGCAUCCCAGCCCACUGAUGCUAGAAUGGUACUUGAUGAAAGCUGUCCAGACCUGAAGCACUGGAGCCCUGCAGGACUAGCCGUUUUAGGGAUGCCAGGGGCCUCUGGCUGUUGAGGACAUGUGCCCAGCAGCCAGGCUUCUCCCCCUUUUCUUCCUGACCAGCAUCUGCUGCUUCUUGGCUGAGGCCAACACUCCAUGUCCCCAGAGACAGCCACAGACAAGACUGGAAUGUUGUGGCAUGAGCGCAUGUGUGUGACUGCCCCACUGUGACCCUUCCCAGUCCCGCCAUCAUUCCUGUGUCCCUUGCACCCGUGUCAGUGAGUGCAUGGGCAUCACCUCCUCUUAGGGCUCUUGGCUGCUCAAGGCAACUUUGCCAGGAAGAGACUGCAUCUGGGGAAGACUUCUGAACUCCAGCCCUGUCACUGGCCUCUCAGCCACGGUGGCUGGGCUUAAUGGGAAUUUGGGGGGAGCAACUUUUUAAAAAACAUUUACAAUUUCUACUACUGCACUACUGUCUGUUGUGAGUUGAUUAAACAUGCUAUUUAAUUGUGA